AGACAUGAAAUUCAUCCACAGUACAAGACAGUUAUGGCUCAUGGACGAUUGAAAAAUCUCUUCCAUCGAUCUGACAAACGCCAGUCCAAACAAAACCCAUCUACCCAAAAUCAAUUGUUGCCGCCUAGCAGUUCUUCCGCCCAGAAUACGCCCACCCAGCCUGCAAAGCCCGACUUAUGGCAACGAGCGUUUGACGGCCUCGACUCCCGUCAGCAGGAGCUGCUCAAGUCAAUUCCCAUCCCCAAGUCGCAGGGAACUGCCAAUCCAAGUGUUGAAGACCGUUUGAAGGCGUUGAACGGGGUGGUCGACGAUGUGCAGAAGCAGUACGAGAUCGACCGAGAGAAAUCGAGAAUCAGAGAAUCGGCACAGAAAGUCAUCAAGGCAAUCCUCACCUUCAGCGAUGUCGUUGAGGGAGUCGCAGCAUUUGAUCCAACCGGGCACGCAACUGGUGUCUGGGCAAUUGUCUCGUUGGGACUGACGAUAACACAAAACUACCAUUGCCAGAAAAUGGCCUGGCUGAACUCCUCUGCGACUCUUGCUGACGUCCUGGCUGAAUAUAGCCUGGUGGAGGGGGAAUACCAUAGGGACCCAAAGACUGACAAACACGUCGAAACAGCUCUGGUCCGAGUCUAUAGUGCAGUUCUCACCUUUGCUGCUGAAGUGUGGUCUCGUCAGAAGCAUGGUAAAGUCACUUUGAUCUGGCAGAGCGUCACCGAUGGUCCUCUGUCCGAGAUGCAGAAAUCCAUCGAGAAGGAGCAGGCCCAUUUCGAUCGAUGGCUGCGCAUAUGUCAUCGACGGGAACAAAGACAGCGCGAAGAGCAGAUUCUCAAGCAGGCAGAUGAAAUGCUGACCGGGAUCGACCGAGUGAUGGUCUCGAUUAACGAACUCGGCGGUAAUAUUCUGUUCAGCCAGUUGAAAAUUGCAGAGGAGGCGUCAUACAAUGCAGACACCGGGGAGGAGUAUCAGGAAUGCCUGAAAGACACACGAACUGAACUUCUCAAGGAUAUCAAAAGCUGGGUGGCCGAUCCUAACAAGGAGGCCGUCUUCUGGCUCCAGGGAAUGGCGGGAACGGGCAAGUCUACUGUCUCCCGCACCGUGGCGAGGUGGUUAGAUAAUGAAGGCCUGCUGGGAGGCAGUUUCUUCUUCAAGAAGGGCGGGACAGACCGAGAAGAUGCGAGGAGACUCUUCACCACUAUUACGAAACAGAUGAUGGAUCGAUUGCCUCAGCUGCGGGAACCGGUCAAGAAGGUUAUCGAAGAAACUUCCAGUAUUGGAAGUGUCAACCCACGAGAACAAUUCAAUAAGCUACUUUUCCAGCCCCUCCAGAGCCUCAAACUGGGAUUGAAUUCCCCAUUGCUGCUGGUUGUCGUCGUCGAUGCCUUGGACGAGUGUCAAGUAGCCGCCCACGUCGAGGCUUUUCUAUCCACGUUGCCUGAACUGAAGAACCUCAGCGAUAUCCGACUGCGGUUCUUCAUCACCAGCAGACCAGAGCCACCCGUCAUCAGGGGGUUUCGGCCUGUCGAGAAUAAUGAGGUUAUUCUCCAUCAGAUUGCAAAACCCAUCAUCGAACACGACAUCGCGAUUUUUCUCCGUCAAAGGCUGGACGCGAUAAGACAGCAGCAUCUUAUUCUAGAUGAUAAUUGGCCUGGAGAAGGGAACUUUCAAGCCCUGGUUGAGAUGGCCGUUCCGCUUUUCAUCUACGCUGCAACGAUAUAUCGAUUUAUUAAUGCUGACGGAGAGCUGCCUGACGAACGAUUGCAAACAGUUCUGUCCUCGCGCUCAAAGCACGGAACGAAGAAUAUCGACAGCGAAUAUGCCAGGUUAGCGGACAUCUACGCUCCAAUCUUGAAGCAUACCAUAUCUCAAAAGAAGACGAACGAAUUGAAAAGCUGGAUGGAUGACUUUCGACGGAUUGUGGGCACCAUUAUUCUUCUCUACAGCCCGCUCUCCUCGUCCUCCCUGGCCGAGCUGAUUGAUUUGAAGAAGGAAAAGGUCUGGAUCCGACUAAGUUCUCUCCAAUCUGUUCUCUCAGUGCCAAAACAGAAUGAGGAAACGGUCCCCGUUCGGCUUCUUCAUCUCUCGUUUCGAGAAUUCCUGGUAGACCGUGAAGCCUCUGAUGCAUUUUGGAUCGACGAACAAAUGCAUCAUACCCGCCUUGCCGAGAGGUGUCUACAAUGUAUGAACCGAGAAUUGAAGAGGGAUAUCUGCCGUCUAUCUAGGCCCGGAGUUAAGCUGAACGAGAUUGAACAUACAACAAUUGAGGGACACAUUUCCCCAGAGCUUCGAUAUGCGUGUCGCUACUGGAUCCGCCAUUUAGAAAACAGCGGCCCAUCAGACAUCAACUGGGAACUGAUAGACACCUUUCUCAAAGCACAUUUCCUCCAUUGGCUCGAGGCAAUGAGCCUUCUUGGAUGGUGCUCGGAGACUACUGGAAAUAUCCUUAGUAUAGAGUCCCUGGCCAAGGACCAUGGCAACUCGGAAUUGUCAGCGUUUCUGUAUGACGCGCGUCGGUUCAUUCUACGACAUCGAGGCAUUCUCGAGGACGCUCCUCUCCAGCUUUACUACUCUGUUCUCUUGUUCACCCCAAAAUCUAGUAUUGUGCGAACCGUCUUCAGAAAGCAAAUACCGACAUUCGUCCAUUUUGAUCCAGCGGAUGAUGACUGGGGUCCAGUGCUGCAAACUCUGGAAGGUUAUUCAAGAAGAGUCAGUAGUAUAGCUCUCUCGCCGGAUGAGAAGAUCCUGGCAUCUGCAUCGGUUGAUGGAACCAUUUUCUUCCGAGAUUUCCAUACAGGCAGACUGCUUAACGUAAUGGAUGACCACCAGGAAUGGAUCCGAAGCAUUGAAUUCUCCCAUGAUGGGCAAUUUCUGGCCUCUGGUUCGGAAGACCAUACAGUGAAAGUAUGGGAAACAAAGACAGGCCAACUCUUGAAAACCCUCAAUGGACACUCACAGGCCGUGCAAUGUGUUGCUUUCGCCCCAAAGCAAGAUAGCCUCCUGCUAGCCUCUGGCUCAGAGGACGGAACCAUUCGAGUUUGGGAUCUCUCUACACCUCAAGACGAGCCAAUUAUUGUACUCCAAGGCCAGGAUGAGGGGGUUCGGGUCCACAGUGUCUGUUUCAUGAAGGGUGAUCGUCAACUCGCGUCUGCUACCGAUACCGGAAUCGCGGUUUGGGAUCUACAGAGUCACAGAAAGCGAGAGUUCUUUACGGGUGAUUGGGCUUUUGUGCACAGCCUCGCCUAUUCCCCCAAUGGUCACCUUUUAGCCUCGAUAUCGCUUAAUGACAGUCCCAUCAGGAUCUGGAAUCCAGACACAGGCACUUUACUGGCCACAUUGGAGCAUUCCGAGCUUCCAAACUCCAUUUCCUUCAGUCCUGAUGGCAGCCAGCUCGCCUCUGGCUCGUCGAACUGCAAGAUCCUUAUCUGGGACAUGGAAUCGCGCACCGUGGCCCGAGUGCUCCAUGGCCAUGCAUCUGGAAUCUGUGACUUGACUUUCUCCAAGGAUGCUGGGCUACUGGUGAGUGGCUCGUAUGACCGUACAGUCAAAGUCUGGGACCUCAAUCAUAAGUCAUCGGGAUCAAAACGACGUGACGGUAUGUCGAUUUUGACAUGCUCAUCCAACAAUGAGAUUUUGGCAACGCAUUCAGGCUCGUCCGACACCAUCACUUUAUGGAAUGCAAAGUCCGGAGCUCUACUCAAGGAAACGACAGGCCAUCAUACGGAUGUGCAGAUGGUUGUAUUCUCGCCAGAUGAGAAACAACUCAUAUCUUGUGGAAACGAUAUAGUCCAGAUUCUGGAUAUUGAUUCCGGUACUGUCCCAGCAACACUCAAAGCAAAGGAUGUUCGAGUUGUCAGUGUUUCGUCGAACGGCAGGUGGCUGGCAGCUGGCGCUCAAUCCUGUACCAUGCUAUGGAGUAUGGACUCAUCUGGCUUGAGUUCCAAUACAGCCGCACCGCAAAUACUGAACUGUGCAGGUUACUGGACGAGAUGUCUGGCCUUCUCUCACGAUGGGAACUUGCUGGCCUCUGCCACAAAGGAAUCUAUAACCAUCUGGAAAUUGAGCUUAGGCUCGGCUACUCGCCUCCAUGACUUGGCCGGCUUCUCUUCCUCACCCAGAGAUCUAACAUUCAAGCCAAAUGGAGACCAGCUUGUAGUUUUAACUGAUGAGAUGAUUUGCCUGUGGGACACACACACGGGAACACAGACUCAUCAUAUCAAGGUUGACGAAUCUCUCAGAUACUUGGAUUAUGCGGAGGACGGAACAUCCUUGGAGACAGAGAAGGGAAUUCUGCAUAUUCAGUCUGCACCGAUGGAUCUUGCCCAGCCAGCCCCAGAGGCAACGUUCCAAACCUCAAAUCGGAUCAUUCUUGAGGAGCCUUGGAUUUAUUUCAACGACGAGGCCAUUCUGCAACUCCCUCAGGAAUUUUUCUUAUUUCGUCCAAUGUUCAUACUUCACAAGGGGACCUUCAUUAUUGCCAACCACAAUGGCAAUUUCCUGUCCCUGCCUAGCACCAACAUAAAUAUUUAAUGCGUGCUUGCGCUAGAUUUCAAUUCCAG